AUGAACUGGAGGGACCGGAAUACAGAUGUGAGGAAGAUGGAGAAUGGACCGGACCCACCCCGUUUUGCAAGCCAAGUCGUAUGCGGGAAGAAGGAAAGUCAAAAUCAGCUAUCAAAAGGAGGAAACCAAUCUGAAACUGGAGAAUGGCCAUGGCAAGCAGCCAUCUAUGACGUCAAAAAGGAUGAUGUCAUUUGUGGAGGAACACUCAUUAAGGAGCAAUGGGUGCUGACGGCGGCCCAUUGUGUGUCUCAUAUAAUCUUGCACAAGGACUUCAACAUCUAUAAUAACUAUGACUCAGACAUUGCUCUAUUGAAACUAACAAGAGAUGCCGUGCUGACCGCGCGAGUUCAGUUGGUAUGUCUCCCGAACCGAUUUGAUUUCUCUGAGACAAACCUCGACAGCGGAGUGCCAGGAUGGGUGGCUGGUUGGGGUUCUGACGGUUCAGAUGAACUCGCAGCUGUCCUGACGGAGAUUCAACUUCCUGUGAUAUCCAAUCCCAAAUGUGUCCGGGACACCGUUCAUUUCACGGGAAUCCGCGGCGUUACUCGUACCCUCACCUCAAAUAUGUUUUGCGCUGGUCUUUCUGCGGAUACUCCUCUUGAAGAUUAUCGAACAGUGUGUCCUGGGGACUCUGGGAGUCCCAUGGUCUUCCUCUCCAAUACAUCACGGGACAGCCACUGGACGGUGGAAGGGAUCGUGAGUCACUUUUUCCAGCAAGAAAUUUGUUCCAUGAGGCGCCCCGGACAGUAUGGCAUUUUCACCAAAGUCAAUAGGUUCACCCAGUGGAUCAACAGGGUUAUAUAUAGUGGCUUCUGACGAAUCGGAAUCGAUUCAACUUGAUGCAAAAUCUGGACAAGCAGAAGUGAAAUAAAUUUAUGUUAACUGGACAUCUGCAAUUUUACCAAUACACACACGCACACCUACACGCAAGUUUGCACUGCAUCCGCAC